CAUAUUAUACGUGCGGGGAGCACUUUGGUCUGUCAGUUCGUCACGGCGAAUUAUUUGCGCCGUGUGCGCAUGGCGAGAAUACUCACCUUAUCUGCCUUACCGGCUCUCGUUCGCGUUCGCGAUCGCCGCUCGCUAACCUAACCUAACCUAAUCGCGUUUCAUCGUCAUACGGUCAUACAGCUGAGGUCCGCCGUCACCUCGACUUGAGUUUCGCGGCAGUGUUGGCUUGACGCCGGCUAGCUGUCUCGUCUGGUAGCGCGCAACAAUGCUGGACUUCUUCGAGAACAUCACAAACAUGCCGAAGCUCUAUUUUGCCGCAUUGUUCGGCAUCGGGUUCUGUAUCUAUUAUCUCUGCGAAGUCGUCAAGAGACCCUUGCUGAUUUGCGCCAAUGGACCAUUCCGUUCAUUUUUGGAAGCCAACAUUCCACUCGUACAAAAUAAGUUCUGGCCGACAUUAUGGUGUUUCGAAUCGCGAGCACAGACCAUUAUGGCCAGCAUUUUAAGGUCUCGGAUGUUGCCGCGCAUUGAGUACCGCAGAGAAAUUUUUUCUUUGUCCGACGGAGGUGAAGUGGCUUUGGAUUGGGCUGAGAAAGAUUGUUCCAUCACAUCACCAAUCGUCAUCAUUUUGCCUGGUCUCACGGGCGGCAGUCAAGCAGAAUAUAUCAAAUGUUUGGUGUCAGCCGCGAAAAAAAAUGGAAUACGAUGCGUAAUUUUUAAUAACAGAGGAAUGGGUGGAAUUGAACUCAAAACUCCACGAACGUAUUCUGCUGCUAACUAUGAUGAUUUAAGUGAAGUCAUAGAACAUGUGAAGAAACUUUAUCCUCACGUACCUCUCGGAGCAACUGGGAUCUCCAUGGGAGGGUUAAUCUUAGGUAAUUAUUUAGCUCAAAAAGCUUUAAUAGCAAGGACCAAAUUGAGAGCGUGUCUCAUUAUUUCGGUACCAUGGAACGUAUUCGCAGCGAUGAAGAGUACCGAGGAAAAUUAUUUUAAUUUAAUGUUGAAUAAGUAUCUAGCCAGUAAUAUGUGUCGCACGAUAGAACGGCAUCAAACUAAUUUACCAACUAUUAGCUCUUUCAAUGUGGACAUCGAUAGUGUUCUUAAGAGCCAAACGAUAAGAGAAUUUGAUUCAAAUUUUACGACAAGACACUUUGGGUACAAAAAUGUAGAGGAAUACUACAAUGCCGCGACACUUCACGGCAAACUGCACUGGAUCAAAGUUCCAACUUUGUGCCUUAGCGCGGCAGAUGAUCCGUUUCAGCCGUUACAAGCGAUACCUCUGAAAGAGAUAGGCCAGAGUGAAAACGUGGCCGUAGUGGUAACAUCGCGCGGUGGACAUAUUGGUUUCCUGGAAGGCGUUUGGCCAGCCAAGGAGGAGCAAUAUAUGGGAAAAUUCUUUUCACAAUUUUUCACAGCAAUGUUCACAAGUGGUUUCAAUUCAACGACAAAUUCAACGACAGAACGCUUAAUAUAUCUGUAAAUCAAAAUUGGAGUCAGCGAUAGCGUUAUCAUCGACUGUACUUUGAUUGGAUUAACAUAAGCAUUAACAUUGACUGUACUUUAAUUCGCUAUCGUCUGAAAAUACGUACUCUUGGAUAUCGUUUCCACAAGCUAAAAUGUGAUCAAAUUUAUUUUAGCAUAAUAAUAUAUGAUUAUUUUUUAUAUUAUUCUGUAACGUAAAGUCUUCGGCACACGAUUUUUCAUGCACGUAUAUGAGGCGUCUUACGAUUGGCUUACAAUUGGUAAUAUAAUCAUCUGAGCCAAUCAGGACACGUAAUAAGAAGCCUCAUAUGCGAUCUAGCAUAAAAAAUUGUAUCGAGUGUGCCGAAAGCUUAAAACUUGGAAUUACACUUUAUUGAUCUGAGAAAGGUAACCAAUUCUAAGUUAAACUUGUAGUUAUGGCUAUAAAGUGUGUUAAAUAGCUCCAACAUUUAUCAAGCAAAGAUUUUUGCUCAUAUGACAUGAUUAUCCUUGUUAAUUAUUUGUAGUUAAUAAAAAUUGUGACUUUUAUAAAAAUAUA